AUGGCCAGGGAUUUGCAGACCAAUCAGAAUGUUGCCAUCAAGUGCAUGACGAAGCGGUCCGCCGCGAACGACCUCGGCAUCGACUUCGCUAUCGACGAGAGGUCUGAGGAACUGCUUGCACACCGCGUUUUGGGCGCUCAUCCCAACAUCGUCAACCUGGUCCAUUCUUUCGAGACCGACGCCCACGUAUACCUCGGUCUCGAAUACUGCUCACGUGGAGACCUCUACGAGGCCAUUAGGACCGGAGCUGGUCCUCUUGAGACGGAACAUGUCCGCCAGUUCAUGUUGGAGCUCGUUGAUGCUGUCGCUUACAUGCAUUCCAAGGGCAUCUACCACCGGGACUUGAAGCCGGAGAACAUUUUUCUCACCGAGUCGGGUGCCAUGAAGCUUGGUGACUUCGGAUUGGCCACCACUGAUAGAUGGAGCUAUGAGUCCACCGUCGGAAGUGAUCGUUAUAUGUCUCCGGAGCAGUUCGACUCGGCUGGAGCUGGCUACUCGCCAGCGCAGGCCGACAUCUGGGCUAUUGGCAUCUGCCUGCUCAACAUUCUGUUUUCCCGGAACCCUUUUACCACUCCGACCGAGGAUGAUCCGCUGUUCCUGGACUUCUCUCGCGACAAGCAAUCCCUGUUCGAUGUCUUCCCUUCAAUGUCCCAAGACACCUAUGAGGUCAUUGUCGAGUGCAUGAAUCUGAAUCCUACCAAACGUUCUCUAGUGGGGGCUAAGGAUGCCCUGCGCCGAGUUGUCAGCUUCACGACCCUCGAUGAGGCACUCGACGACUUCUGUACCGCUGAGCGCACGACUAUUGCUACUGCCAAUCGCGAGCCUCUCCGCACUCCCUCCAUCCAGAGUCCUCAAAUGGAUCAAGGUGCCUUCCCGUGGGCUAAGGCCCUGCAUGCCAGCCCACCCCAGCCGAUCCGCCAACUCAGUGCCAUCCCCGACGACGAGAGUUACACUGAGGAGUUGUUCCCCAAAUCCGAAGGCACUGGAGACUGGUGGUCAGCAACCGCCCAGACCCCGUCGAUCUCGUCUGUUCUCACUUCAAACAUGGCAACGUCGAUGAACUCGCUGGGGAUAAACUCGCUGGGCAUUUCGCGGCCUGUCAACUUUCCUGCGCCCACUGGUGCGAAAGCGUCCCCUAUGGCUGGGUCUCUACCAAUUACCAUGUCCAAGCCAAGGCCUACCUUGAAUGCCAUGUCAUCGGUGUUCGGUCGGAAGGAUGCAGUGUCCAAAAGCUGGAGUGACAUGUGGGAGGAGGAUGAGGAAGAUGAAGAGGAGCGUAGUCGCCAGUUCCAGACCCUCAAGGAGCUCAAUGCUCGAACAUGGAGCCAGGAGAGCAAGUCUGACUCGACUCCCACUCUGCAGGAUCAGGCAUCCUCGCCCCAGGCGCCAGCGUCUGUUUAUGAGGAGCUAGAGGCUUCGCCCGUGAACGAUACCAUCUCGAACGACAUCGACGGGGACCUGGUUGCCGACGGAUUUUUCUUUCACGAGCCUGUUGCUGUUGAGCAGCCUAAGCAGUUUCCCCUUCGCUACUCUCCACCGUCGAAGCGCAACCAUCUCGACAAGUGGGCAGCUUUAGGGCAACGUCGCCGGGCACGAGGAGAAGCCAUGGAGCCGAAGUCGCCGGACCACAGCGCAAAGCCGCGACGACAGUUUGGUACCGGCUUACACAAUCUUGGAGGAGUAGGAACGUCGGAUAACACCAACCAGUCCGGUCACAAAUUGAACAGGGAACGCGUGGUAGCUCCAAGUGGCUGCCCGUGGACUCAUGGCCGAGACUGGAAUUGGCGCAAGGAGAAGCGCCAUGAUUUUGGUGAUGUUGCGUGGGUUGGCCACUGGCAAGAGGCUCACUGA